AUGAUUGAGGUUGUUCUUAACGAUCGCUUGGGGAAAAAGGUUCGAGUCAAGUGCAACGAGGAUGACACCAUCGGGGACCUCAAAAAGCUGGUGGCGGCGCAAACAGGGACACGGCCCGAUAAGAUCCGCAUCCAGAAGUGGUACACCAUCUACAAGGACCACAUCACACUAGCCGACUAUGAGAUCCACGACGGCAUGGGUCUGGAGCUAUACUAUAACUGA